AUGAUAUUUAUAGUGGUCAUUUUUAUCGAUAUUCCACAUUUAUGCGCAGCUGAAGAAUAUGCCGAACUGACAGAAAUUGAUACCAUACCUCGUCGGUUCGAAUGCUUUUCCUGUAUGUCACUGAGUUAUCAAGAACGCUGGCAACAUCUACAAUUCAUUUACACCGCACCUAAGAUCUUUACGAAUCGAUGUAACGAGCCACAACUUUCAAAUCACAUUCCUACUGUAGUUUGUACAACAAUGUGCGUUAAUUUACUUGAACCCGAUGUUGAAGCUGGUGUAUUCAUCGGUUUUAAAUUUAUUCGUGGUUGCAUGGAUCGAGUGUUAAGGAAUGGUUUCAAUGAAACUGCGGUGAACCAAUGUCGAAGUUUGCCUCGUGCUCAUUUGUACAAUUUGGACCGCAGACAACUUCAUCCAGUAUUUGGUGAUGUACAGUUGUGUACUUGUUAUGGAAACAGAUGUAAUGGUUCAUCGGAUACUACCAACAGUUCAAAUUAUAGUAUAGUACUAUUGUUGACAUGUUUUACUGUUCUACUAAGGAUAUGA